AUGUUGUUCAACAAAUUCUUCGCUCUCUCCUCCCUUACCGCCGUUACCACCGCCAUGGCUCUCCCAGGUGGCGGAGGAGGAGGAGCAGGCACUGGUACCCAAUGCUGCCAGCAAGUUCAACAGGCGAGCGCCAUCACCGGUGCUACAAAGACUCUCCUCGGCUUGCUCGGGGUCGAUCUGGACAAUAUCACCGGCCUCGUCGGUCUCAACUGCAGUCCGAUCACUGUUGUUGGCAGCGGAAACGGUGCAUGCUCUUCUGGGACUACUGCCGUCAAUUGCACCGACAACAGCUACGGCAAUCUCGUUCAUCUUGGAUGCGUUCUAGUCAAUGCUUAG